AUGUCCUUUGACCUGAAAGACAGUUCCAAAGCAAAAACUACCACCAUCUUCGUCAAGGAAUCGGCUUGGAAAGAGGCAGCUGAAAUUGCUCAAAACAACAAUGCAGCAUCCAUUGCUUCCUAUGAUUUAAUCUACCAAUUACGCCAACUUUGCAAUAAAGAAGAAAAACUAGCACCAGGAAACACUAUAUUCGUUGUGGUAUCCAUAUUACUCUGGGAUCGGCACGUACCAAACGUUUUUACAUGGAAGACAUUUAUAAAAGGAUAUACGACAAUGUCACAGGAUUCUCGUCUCCCUGGUGUUGGAACGACUGCAAAUUUAUUAAGUGACCAAUUGAAAUUUUUAAAAAAAAAUGACCAAGUUUUUCCAAAAAGUGACCAGUUGACGGUGGAAAUACAGUACAGUUCAGCAUUGGUUAGUCCGUGUACCGAGCAAUAG